AGGAGAGCGCUGAUUGGCCCCAGCGCUGUCCCCUCACGGAGGGGAACGCGCACCGGGGCCGGUGUCGGGGCCAUGGAGGCGGACACGGAGGAGCCUGGGUGCGGGGCUCAGUUCCGCGCCGCUGUUCAGGUUAUUCAAGGGCUGCCCCGAAGCGGUUCGUACCGACCCUCGUACGAGGAGAUGCUGCGCUUCUACAGCUACUACAAGCAGGCCACGGCAGGGUGCUGCCAAGGCCCGAGGCCCGGUUUCUGGGACCCCAUCGGGCGGUACAAGUGGGAUGCCUGGCACAGCCUGGGGAAGAUGUCCAAGGAGGAGGCGAUGGCAGCUUACGUGGCUGAGAUGAAGAAGGUGGCCCAAAAGAUCAUUGACACGGUGCCCAUGGACGAGACGACAGAGGAGAUGUUUGGGUACUUUGAGCCGCUCUACGAGGUGAUCCACGACAUGCCCCGGCCCCCCGAGUCCUUCUUCAAGAGGAAAGGGGGGCACGUCCUGCUGCUGCCUCCUGAGCAGGCGCCAGGCUGGGCACCGCAUCCCCUCUGCCUGCCGUGGAGCAGCUGCAGCCGAGGGGCUGGUUUGGGCCCCGCCACCAGACAGGCGUCUCUCCGAGUGACGCGGGUGUUGGCUCUGCUCUGGGCUCGCUCUCUGCGAAACUCUGAGGCAAGAACUCGAGGCAGUCAGAAGCAGAGGGCUGAGCCCAGCCAGGAUGAUGCAGUGAGCAGCCCAGCUCUGGAGCACCCCAAAGAUGCCCUGCCCAAGGAGCAGCAGAAGGGGCAGCAUGGGCCAGCAGGUGGGCUGGCACCGGCCGCCGAGGUGCGCCAGGCUGGCACCGUGACCAGCGACUCCGAGGGGGAUGUGUACUGUGACAGCCUGGAGCAGAUGGAGUCUGAGCAGGCUGCGCAGCCACUGGAGCUGACCCCAAACGGCGGCAUCCAGGCUGCGGCGGAGCCCCCGCGGCCCCGUGGCGCUGCGCAGGGGGAAGGCAGAAGACUGGAGGGGAGGAGCAGCGCAGGGCUCGCAGCCCCUGGCUCCCAGAGAGAUCUGCAGCCUGCCGGGGGAGAGUGGCACACCAGGAGCACCCUGGAGCUCAGCCAGGGGGGGCUGCUGAUGGAGCUGGACACCCACGUAGCUGGCACCAUCCGAGCCUUGCAGGACGACAUGCGGCAGGUGCUGGAGCGCCUGAGCGAGCUGGAGCUGCUCACUGCCGCGCAGGGGGACACUGCUGAGACCAACCCUGGCCAGCCGCUGGCACUGCAGGCAACAUCCCCGUGGCCGCUGGCCCUCUCCCCACGCACGCUGCGCACCCUGCUGUUCCUCGCCACCUGGCCCUUCAUCACCCAGUGGCUGCUGCGUCGCUGGCAGGGCAGGAAGAGGUGACAGCCCCGUUCCUGCUGCCGCCACCACCCCUCCUCCCCAGUCCUGCUUACCACGAGCUGGGGAAGCGCCGUGGGAUCGCCGCGGGAAUCGCCUCCCCCAGCCAAGGGGUCUCCUGCGGGCCGGGACCUCAGCCCAGGGGAGAGGAAGCCACCACGCACCGCCGACUGCCACCGAUUGCCACCGUCUCUCUCAGGGUCUCACCAGCACUGUUGGCAUGGCACAGGGACGGCCUGGCCAUGGGGAUCGGGACGCGGGACCACUCCCACGCCCCAGACGGGAUCCCGGGAGAUCCCCUCACUGCUGCGCACAGAUGGAUGCGCCGGCGCCGCGGUCCUGGCACGGGGUUGGUGGCAGGGCACAGCCACCGUCCCUAUCCCCAGAGCCCGGCUCCAUGAAGAGCUUGACCAUCCGAACCUGCCUGAAUUAAAGUUGCCUUUUCAGUCCA